AUGGGCAAAAAAGGAAAAGGCCAAGUUCUUGGUCGAAGUAUCAUCAAAGAAAGGUUUGCUAAGAAGCGGCCGAUUAUUGGAUCUAAGGGAGAAACAUUUUUGCACACUAGUGAGUUGGAAGAUGGUUAUAACUGGGGUCGACUUAAUCUUAUGUCUGUCACAGAGCAGAGUAAUUUGGAAGAUUUCUUGGCAACUGCAGAAAUGGCAGGAACGGAAUUUACUGCUGAAAAGUUGAAUGUCAAAUUUAUUGACCGCAACAAAGAUUCUGGUCUGCCCAAUGAGCAGGAAUUAAAACGAUUGAAAGAGGCACAGGAAAGAAACAAAACAUUACUUCGAAUCCCUCGAAGGUGGAGAACCAUUUUAUUUAUCUCAAUUAUUGUUUAUGGUAAUCAAUGGCACCCACUCCAUUUAUAUUCCCCCCCGAUCCUUUUAACCUCCUCAAUCUUCCUCAGCAUCUAA